UCGGCGAACAACUGGAGCAGCAAUGCUGAACUGUCGGUGCACCAAGGACCCUGCCUAGGUUUCUCCUGAGCUUACAAAAGAGCGACGAGUUAUGACAGCGACUGCGUUUGAAACAGAUCCCGUCUUUGGAUACUGAGCAGAAGAAAUAACAGGAGCACAAAAUCAAUAGAGAAACAUUUGAGCCAGCCGUUCUGACAGUCAACGCGUGUGGGAAUGGCAGCUCCCCGGCCGAUAAAAGGUAUCCUGAAAAACAGGAACAGCGGGACAAACGUCAAAUCACUGCCCGAUGAGGUUCCAGCAGAGAAUCCCGAACAAUCCCAGGGACUCUCGGAGGAUGACCAGCACAAGAAAUCUCAGAAAUGGGAUGAGAUGAACAUCCUGGCCACUUACCAUCCUGCCGACAAAGACUACGGCCUGAUGAAGAUCGAUGAACCCAGCACGCCUUACAACAGGAUGGUUGGGGACGACGAAGACGAAGGGGCGCUGAGCGACUCGGAUGGCCACACCUCACUCGCAGCUGAUGACCUGGCAUCAAAGCUGUCGGCGGCAGAGGGCUCAGAGCCUCGCUUCAUGAAAGAAGCAGAAGAGGAAGAGAGCAGUGAGGAAGAGGAAGAGGAGCUGACUCCUGAAGAACAAGCCAAAAAGACGCAUUUUCAGAUGAUGAGGAAGAUGCACUACAACGAGGGCCUGAACAUCAAGCUGGCCCGUCAGCUCAUCGCCAGCGAGCUCGAGGAAGACGAAGAUGCAGAUGAAGAGAUGAGGGAUGACACGGAGGAGACGGAGGAGAUCAGUGUUGAUCCGCCACAGGAAGCUGAUUCUCUGGACUCGUAGACGAGGCCUCUCUCCCGCUUACAGUACCUGUGUGUCGGCUCAAGAUCCAAACAGACAACGCCGCCGCGCUCUGUGUUUCAACGCCGGGCCAAACAGCAGACACCGCUUCAUCACCCAUAUAACAACCCUGCCAAUAACCUCCCAGUCACCUGUCUGUCUCUACUAUUCCUUAGAGUGCAAUAUAACCUUCAAACACACUGGUUUUUAAUCUUCCAAACUCAGAACAACACACAAGCGAAGACUGUCGGUCCCUCCUCGUCCCCCUCCUGUUGCCAAGAAACCCCGCUAUCCCCUCCGACCCCCUCCGCCCUCCGCCACCUCUUCUGGACUGGCGUCGCACUGAGGAACAUGUGAUUCUGACCGUGAAAAGAGGAUUGUGGCCUGUUUAAAAAAAAAAAAAAAAAACUGCUGAAUAACCAGGAUUCUUGUGGGGCCGCUCCUCAGUCCUUCUGCAGGCCACAGAGCCAGUACGUCAGCCCUGAAGGAGGCCACGGGAAACCCCACGGCCUCGAAAAAAGGUGAAUCUGACAAACGACGACGGUGCUUGUACUGGCUGCAGCUCGGAUGGCCUUUGUUUUCGUUUAGCUUUGUGAUUCACCACUCUGUUGCAGUUUCUCUUCACCUUCAGUACGUUUUGUGAUCAAAGUUGGGAACCUUGACGAUCAGUUAGGUUGUUUGUUGUCGAUUUUAUUCAUAUCUUAAAGGGUUAAAGUGGUCUGUCAGGUGACGAUUGUGCCAUCAGAACAGAAUUGAGUGAUAAAUUAGGUGCGAUAUUACUUUAAAACAGUGUAUAUAGACAAAAGAUAACAUGGCUUACGCUACUUUUAAAUCGACAUCUUACAACCGAAAAUAUUACUAGUAAUUAAAACAUGGAUGCUGAUGUGUUUCAUGGUCAUGCCAUCUUACAGAAAUACACAGAUAAGUGUUUUAUUGCACCAGUACUUCACAGCUACUUUCUGUCUUAUAGAGAAAAAGCACAGCACCAAACGUCACUUAAAAAUCUGUCAGUUUCAUAAACAUGCGUACCUAAUAGAACUUGAAUUAAAGGCCUUUUCCAAACAUAGUCCACCGAUAAAUUUGGCAUUUUGGUUUUCCAUCAAGAAACACCAGUAACAAAUAUUCUGUUGCACAUCGCAGUAGCCAGUAAUCAGUUCUGAAAUGAUCAAUACUAUUUUUAAAAAAAAAGGGAGUCACGGCCCCUGUGUUCUUCCUGUACGGAGCAGUACGUAAAACAUUUUAGCUCUUUGAGAUGGUCGGAGGGGCACUAUUAAAGUCUCACAACCUAGGUAAAGCACGUGCUACUGAUGAACAGGACACUGAAAACUCUCCAGUCUUAAACAAGUUACAGCUCAAAAACAACGCUUCACUGUGCUCUCACUUACAUCACCUCUGAGGAAGGUACAAUCACCUAGUUUGAGUUUGAUCUCUCACCUGGCUGAUACGUCACAAUGCUUUUUUAUUUAACGUCUGAUCUACUUGAGUGUCUCGUGUGGGAAUGUCAAAGAAGAAGAAGAGGCAGUUUUAAGAGCUGCGAGGAAUGCAGGAUGUCGGCAGCGGAGUUUAACCACUAAGGUUUAGGGGGGGGGGGGGGGGGGGGGGGUUCAAGAAUUUUUGUAAUAUUUAGGGUUCCUACAAGUGUCAAAUCUUAAAAUAUUGUUGAAACAGAUAAAAGUAUUUAAGGGGGAGAAGGGAAAAGAAAAGAAAAGGUCCUAGUGCACACUUUAAUUGCACACUUGAAGUUUUCAGAGACUUCAGCUUCACACUGUACGUCAUCACAUUUAAGGAGAAGAUUGCAGGAGAAGUGUGCAGGAACUCCGUCUUGUGUUGUGAUUUUCUUUUUCUUUUGUUUGUUUCUGACCCUUUAAAAUUCCUCACUGUGAUUGGAAGUUUUGAGCUCUGUGUUAUGAAAAUACAAAAAGAUCUCUGACCAACCGUUUGACUUCUGCAGACUUUAUUUUCCCCCUUUUGUUGUUUUUUAGUAUUUGUUGGUGUUUUCUCUCCAUGAUGAAGGUAAAAGAAAUCGUUUCCACCCACCAACAACAACUCAACAAACACCCAAGCAAUGAAUUAUCACACAAUUGUUAUAAAAAGAAAUAAGUAUAUGUCUGGAAAUACAGGUUUUUGAUAUCAUCGUUGUUUUCUUCUAUUUUGGCCGAGGAAUUAUUAAAGACACACAGCCGCGGAGAAGCUGAAUCUUAUAAAUUGGUUUGAGACUGACGUGAUCACCCUUUUAGGUGGUUAAUACCUGUCGAAUGUGCCUCUUAUGUAUUUAUGUACAUGUGUGUAAUAUGAAGAGGUGAUGCUCCAUAUUACUAAUUUUCUUUUUUAAACUUCUCCAGGGUUUUUUUGCCUCAUGUUUCCACCAUCUUGCUUUUUGUUUGUUUUUUAGUUAGUUUUUUAAAGGAUGAUAGAUAAUUAUUAAACAGUCCCGACGACUCUGCACUGUGUGUCUGUCUCAACAUAACGUGGAUCUUUAAAAGUCGUUUUGCAUUUCCAGUUUGCAUGUUCUUUAAUCAUAAGAUGGUGUGUGUUUGGUUUUGUUUCUGUCUCCCAUCAUUAAAUAAAGUUGCUAGGAACUGU